AUGGAGAAAGUUGUUGCUGAGGAAAAUGUUGUUGGUCCUAAGCCAGUUGUUAUUUUGCAGGAAUCAGAGCAUCUAAAUGUUGAAUUUGAUAAGGGUGAUGUGGGGCGAACGCCUCGUUUUUUGCGUUUUGGGUAUGUCGAGUCUCCAAUGGUUGGAGUUGGCGAGGUUAGGAAUUCUAGUGGUGCAGUGUUUGCUCCUUCCUGUGUUGUGUUUGCUAAGAAGAAAGAGCUAGAGGAGAAUGUGGCGAGUCUAGAACUUGGCAAGCUUGCUUUGGGUGUUGUGGUUGGUCAAUUGAAACAAGAAACGAAGGCUUGA